AUGCGAUUAACUAAUCUAUUGAUGAACGCUAAGAAAACAAUUGAUGUGGUAGUGUUGGGCGCUACAGGAUUUACCGGUAAAUUUGUGGUCAACAAAUUGGCCGAAACUUUGAUCAACGAUACAAAGUUUAAUCAGCCGAUUGUUUGGGCGAUUGCCGGCCGAAACAGAGCUAAACUUCAGACAGUUUUAGAUCAGACAUCAAAGGAUGUUGGCGUUGAUCUGUCGGUGUCAUCGUCAUCGUCGACAUCGAUACCGAUCAUCGAAGUGGACAUCAAUAACAAACAAUCAUUGCUGGAUAUGUGUCGUAAAUGUCGGCUAGUUAUCAAUUGUUGCGGUCCAUAUCGUCUAUUAGGUGAACAGGUAGUCAAUGCUUGUAUCACUGCAGGUAACUGUCAUCACAUCGAUGUUAGCGGUGAACCACAAUUUUUGGAAACAAUUCAACUGAAUUACGACAAACCGGCCAAACUGGCCAACUGUUCAAUAGUUGGUUCAUGCGGUUUUGAUUCGGUACCGUCGGAUAUUGGGGUACAGUAUGUCAAAUCGGUAUUCAAUGGUACCGUUAACUCGAUUGAAACAUAUUUACGGGUAACCAGUAGUAUUAAUACCCGGGUAACAUACAAUAUGGCCACUUGGCAUUCCCUUGUCUAUGGUUACGCCUAUAGACAUGAAUUGAAACAAUUAAGACAACAGUUAUACAAUAGUUUAAAGAAAUAUCAGUGGAAAUACCGAAUCAAUAGGAAAUCAAUAGCGAAACUAUCGGACGGCAGCAGCGGUUAUUCGGUACCAUUUCCUGGCAGUGAUCGAUCGGUUAUAAUGCGGACACAGUUAGCCAACUAUACAACUAGUAAUGAAAGACCCGUUCAAAUUGAAACCUAUUUUACUGUCAAAUCGUUGGGUGCAGUAUUUGCACUGAUAUUUGUCAAUCUAUCGGUUAGUUUACUAUCUCGUUAUACCAGUGGCCGACAAUUGUUGAUGAAAUAUCCGCAUAUAUUUUCAUUGGGAACAUUCAAUAGGGAUACGGAACCCGAUAGGCAAAAAUUGUUGUCAAGAAACUGGUGCAUAACAUUUGUAGCACAGGGAUGGCCCCAGAUAUAUACGGAUCCAUGUUUUCAACCAACAGAGGAAAUACCUAAUAAACAAUUAGUGGCCCAAAUAUCGGGCGGAGAUUUGGCAUAUAUGGACACAUCGACUAUUGUCACACAGAUAGCCAUACAUAUGAUUGAAUUGAUGAACAAAAACCAACUCAAGUCGGGAGUUAUGACACCCGGUAUGGCGUUUGAGUCCAAAAUACUUUUAGAUAAAUUAGAUGCAAAUGGCAUCAAAUUUCGGUUAAAAUUAUAA